GAGUCUCCGGUUGGGGCUGCUGGGGAGGAGGGCCCCGCCCACUCAGCGGGAAGCUGCGGCUCCGCUUCCGGAAAAAGUGCGGGAGCCGGGAGGAGGGCGGGCCGGGUACCGCGGCCGCGGCGGGGUAGGGGUUGAGGGAGGUGUUUGGCAGGAGUCCCACGGGCCCUGCGCCGGGGAGGCGGGCGCGGCCUUAACUGUUUGCUUCCCGGUGCGCCCAGGGGACCUGCCCUGCCAAUAACGCGGUUAGAUUGUAUUUGGCCCAGCGCCGCCCCACAGCCAUUCGCUGGGUGUGCUAACGAGUUACGUUUCUGAUUGUGUCUCGCGCAGGCUGACAAUUCAAACCGAGUUUGUUCUGCCGGACUCGGGGACUGCGAUCGUGAGGCAUGGAGAGCCGGGAGAAACAGUCCCCAAGUUAGCAUCCUUCUGGAGAAGCUCCAGUCAGAAUAGGAGAGCGAUACUCACCCAGGAUGGAAGUGUGUCCUUACUGUAAAAAGCCAUUUAAACGAUUAAAAUCCCACUUGCCGUAUUGUAAGAUGAUAGGACCGACUGUACCUGCUGAUCAGAAAGCUUGUCAGUCCAAGCCAGCUCCACACGCUAAAAAAAUGAAAGGGCCAGUCGCCGACUUAAAUAACACUAAAGAGAAAAAGUUGGAGAUGGCGAGUAAGAAGAGAAAUACCAACUUGGUAAAGGACAAACCAGAACAGGCUACGAAGUCUUUUCCACCCCUGGCUGUUGGUUUGGAAAGAUCAAGUAAUACAAAGGCAAAUAAAGACAUCCAGAAUCAAGGUCAGUGCUCUAUCAAAACACUAAAAAAUACUGAACCAAAGAUAACUUUCCAGGGAGAAGCGAAGGGUCGGUUUCACGCAUCAGAGAACACCACUCCUAGGAGGGAACUUGCCAAAUAUUUGCCUACAUCAGGGGAAGGUAGAAGUAACCUUUCAGAAACUGAAACAUCUUUACCUCUUGGCCCAGUAGAACCUUCUUCAUCAGAUCAAGAUAGAAAAUACUCUUCUGCCUUACCCAAUGAUGUACAGAUCACUUCUACUAAUUUCAGAUUGGACAAAAUUGAUCCCCUAAGAUGGAAGCUUCUAGUAAAUUUACCAGAUAAACCUCAUCACAGUUCUCCCCUGAAUCUCAGUUACGGGGUUGAAGGAGUAAGAACAUCAUUGUCAAACAACGAGAGACAGUCUAAGGCCAGGGACCACCUCUCAGAAGUCUCUUCUGACGUUAGAGACUCUGAGACUCAAGAAAAGAACAUGGAAUCACAAUUUUUAAAUUUUAAAGUUAGCCCAGUAGGUGACAUCCAAGUCAGGGAGAACCAGGGAAAAGGACUGUACCUUGGAACAGAGGCACACGGCAGCAGAGGAAAUGCAGAGAAAAGUGUAUCUGUAGCAGAAAUCCCGGAAUGGGCUUCUGUGAUCGGUGAUGCAAAGAACAUCAGUAGUGAUGAUUCAGCCACAGAGAAUAAAGGUCCACAUGAAGGUCCCAGUUCAAAUUUGUUCACUCCAAGAGAGACGGCCUACAGUGAGCUGCUUUCUGUGUCACAGCCGCAUAAUCAAAGCCUUGCUUCUCUGGCUGUCAGAUUUUUCCAAGAAGAGAAAGCAGGAGCCUGCCGGCCUCACGGAGUCCCUGAAGUGGAGGCGUUAACAGAGAGUGGUGAAGGAGCUUCUCUGCAGCCCAGCUCUGGCCGUGGGCCCCCAGUGUCACACCUCGGCUGCCAGCAAACCUUACAUUCAGUCCUGCCUCACACCUCUUACGGCCCCUUCCAUCAGAUUGGCAUUGCUGAUAGGAAGACCCUUUCAAGCUCCCUGGGCCUGGAGUGGUUUCCAGAGCUCUAUCCUGGUUAUCUUGGACUAGGAGUAUUGCCAGGGAAGCCCCAGUAUUGGAAUGCAAUGGCCCAAAAGCCUCAGCCCACCAGUCCCCAGGGGGAGAGACUCUCAAAAGUUCCUUUGUGGGAAAGAAGCUCGACCGCUCUCAGGAGUUUGGAGCCCCCGACCAGACUUGCAUCCUCCAACUUGUCUCUGAUGCGGCUCUUGGGAGCUGUCCAGAAAGGCUGGGUCAGGUGCAGUACCACGGUGAGAAGCGGCGUCGGGGGCAUCACCAUGCUCUUUACCGGCUACUUUGUCCUGUGGUGUGGCUGGAGCUUCAGGCAUCUGAAGCUGCAGCGCUGGCGGAAGUGGUGACCGGGACAUAGGAUGGAAGCCUGGAGCCCGCAGGGGGCGUACACUGGGACACCAGCAGCGAACAUUUAACCAUUGAAGAUGGUUUGGGGGAGAGGGAGUGAAAAGAAUAAAAUUAUUGGAAUCUAAAA